AUGGCCUCGCUCGAAGAGCUGCAGGGCCGGCUGGCGAUGCUGCAGGAAAGCCUGGAUGAGCUGCACGGGCUUACGGAGCGGCUGGGCGCCAGCGCCACCGACGAGGAUGUCGUGGCCGAUCGGGCGGCCGAGAUCGUCGAUGGUCUCCGAGACGCGCGCGACGAGCACGAGCUGCUGCAGGAGGACGUGCUGGACCUGGCGGUGGCGUCGGGGACGGUGGUCGACCACGACCGUGCGCGGCUGAAGGAGGGACUGGCCCGACUGGAUCGAGAGCUGCAAGCACACCAUGCCACCUUUCGCCAGGCCCGGCUGCGCGCCCGCCAGGCUCUCGAGAAGGCCCAGAGACGAGAGCAGCUGGCCAUGCUGGAGGCCUAUGCCGAUCCCGCGAGCGACGACGGGGAGGAUGACGAGGACGAGCGGUCCGACUCUGACGACGACGAUGACAAUGACAUGUCCGAUCCGACACACGCCCUCCACCGCCGGUCUACGGCUGCACGCAGCGCCCGGAAGUCGAAGCCGCCCAGCGCUGCAGCCGCUGCUGCUGCCGACGUGACGGCUGCCCUGCGCCAGACCCACGCCCGGAUCGCCGGCGAGGUCGCGCGGUCCGACUUUGCCGCUCAGACGCUGGCCGAGAGCUCGCGCGCGCUGGCUGAUCUGGGCGAGCGGUAUGGCGGGUCCAGAGCAGACGGCGACAUUGCGGCAUCGCUGCGGUCGGCCCGCCAUCUCGCUCGCGGCCUCAUGGCUGCCCACAAAAGCGACACGUGGUACCUGCAGACGGCACUCUACCUCGUGGCCGCCACGGCCGCCUGGCUGCUCUUCCGGCGCCUCCUCUACGGUCCGCUCUGGCUGCUCGUCUGGUGGCCAGCUCGCUCCGCCUGGACUGCCUCGGUCGCCGCCGUCGGGCUCGGCGUCCGUGUCGGCAGCGUCGCCGUCGCACAGGCGCAGGGGCCCGAUAGUGGAAGCAGUAGCAGCAGCAGCAUCAUCACAAACGCAGUCACCAGUCUGGGCAGUACAGCCGUCGCACAUUCGACCCCGGCCGCGGCUACUCCGUCAGAUUCGCUCGUCGAGCAGGUCGGCCAGAUCAUCAACGACAGCAUCUCACAACAACAGCUACACCAGGAGCAGCAACAACAGCAACAACAACAACAGCCCGCAGAACCUGCACAACCAAACCCUAUGAAGCGCAUGUGGGAAGAAGACGUCGAGACGGCCAAGUACGACGAGCAGAACAAGGACAACCGUCCCAAGGACGAGCUGUGA